GGUGCUAAGGUUGCACAACUGUAGAUAUUUGUUAUGAUUUGCAAAACUGAGGGAAGACAUCAAACGUUAUUUUUAUUCUGUAAACAGAGAUGAAACUGGAUAGGAAUUGCUGACUGAGGAUGCUCAUACAACAUUGUAUGAUAGUGUUACUUUGGUCAGCCAUACAAGUAUCAACUGUGUUCUGUGCACCUGCACUAAGAUCACUGCACAAAUGCAUUAAAGAUUCAGUAUUUGGGUCUGGUUUAAACCCGGCGAAAUACAUUACGAAAUUAAAAUUUCAACUUAACUCUUCAUUCUAAUUCAGAUCAGUAUCGCGAUGCCUAAUUGCUAAAAACACAUAAACUGAGAACUAGAGAUUUGGUAUUCAUAGCCGGAGCUUACCGAAGUUAGAGUGGCCAGCCAAUGCUGUCAUAGCUCAUAUUUCAGCAGUCAGAAGUAACUAUUGGGUGUAGCCGGUGCGUAUAAGUGGUUUUUUCACUUAACCCAUUCAUAAACUCUCUAGAAAUGAUUCCAAGUUGUGGCAUUGUUCCACAACUGAAAAUGGUUGCAGCUUGUAAGACAUGCCCACAUGCAUCAAAUUUUGUUGUUGGUCUUUCACGUGAAACUAGUGAUCGUUAAUCCGGAGGUGCUCCUAGCAACUGUACAUUUGCACUUGUAUAUAUUCAGUCUAUUGGACAGAUGCAACACAUAUUCAGUAGUUAGCUCACAUAGUCUGCUCAUUGGACAAAUGCACUUGUAGUCAGAGCUCAUCCAAGUCGUACUGUCCAAACCAGGAGCACCGCGGUCCAGAUUCCAGAUGAUCACUCAGCCAGUCAGCGUCGGCCGUACUGGUGCCGCCUGCGUCGAUCUUUGCCUCUGCCUGAGUCCAGGCCCGGAGACAUCUCGCCGGAACUGCCACGAUCCCUGCUGCCUGACCCACCGCGUUCCCGAGUCCCGACCACUGACCGCUGCGGCGGUGGUGCGCAUCCUCCUCUUCUCCUGCAUACUAUUCCAUAUUCUCCGUGCUUCUGGUUUCAAAGCGAGGAAGAUCCAUUCGUCGUUGAUGGAGCUGUGUCCCUAACUCUUAAUACAACUCUUACGAACCGAUUGCCAUUCUGCAAAGACCCAGCUGGUCCAAGACAAUCACGUUCCUCUCCCGGGCCACACAAUCUUCUUGGAAACCCGUCCCAGGCCUCGCCGGUCGCGACAUUGAAGUUUGAACGGAGGCGCGCGGCCGGCAAGCUACGCACAACUUGGGCCACCAGCUUCGCCUCACUUCGUUAGCCAUGGGUCUCUUCCUACACCGCCGCCUGGCCCCGCCGCCGCUUCUCCUCGCCAUCUUGGUUGCCGCUUCUUCCCAUGGCGCGUCUUCCAGCGCGGACGACGGCUACGACGCCUCCAUGUGCGUGCGGCAGCCUUACACCUGCGGCGGCGUCAGCAUCAAGUACCCGUUCUACAGCAGGACGGGAGCUCUGCUGGGGAGCGCCAGCUCGUACUGCGGCUACCCCGGCCUGGAGAUCCAGUGCGAGGAAGGCCAGGCGUUCCUGGAACUCCAAAGCGGCAACUACACGAUCUCGCGCAUCGACUACGACGACCUCACAGUCCGGCUUGUUGAUCCUGAGGUCCUCGACGGGAGAAGCUGCCCCAGAGCCGACCACAACGUGACGUUCCGGAACGUCUCGUGGCUGUACUAUCCUAGCACCACGGUCGACUACCUCCUCUUCUUCAUCAACUGCAACUUCCUCUCCGACUUGUCUCGGCCGUCAAGCUCGAACUCCACCGCCUGCAAAUUCGAUGUCGGGCAGGCGUCGACCGGGAUGUCCUUCGUGUUCUUGGAGCAAGACGUGCCGUACCCGAACAUGAACUGGUGGCGGUCGUGCAGCGACGUUAUCGAAGUGCCCGUGCUCAAAUCUGGUCUCCCUUCCGAUUCACGAAAUGAUCCCACAUGGAAGAACGGUGGGUAUGGCAGCAGCCUUCGUGACGGAUUCCAGUUGGCGUUGAAUCAGAGCCAGAAGCUUCAGGCGUGUGCCCAGUGCGAGCAGUCGGAGGGGACGUGCGGCCACAACCAGACGGGGGCAUUCGUAGCCUGCUUGUGCUCCGACGGCCGAGUCGGCCAUCCCAAUUGCACCACCGAUUCUUCCGGGCAUGGAAAGAGAAUUAAAUUGUAUAUUGUUGCAAGCACAUCUGGCCCUCUACUGCUGUGUUUACUUAUUCUUGUGUUCUUCUUGACUUGGAAAUAUGGAUUGCUGCCCUAUAAAUCAAAGCAUGAACCAAGGAUUGAGUCCUUUCUGCAAAAGAACGGGAACCUAUAUCCAAAAAGAUACACUUAUGCAGAUUUGAAAAGAAUGACGAGAUCAUUUUCUGUGAAGCUAGGUCAAGGUGGAUUUGGUGCUGUAUACAGAGGCAGCCUCUCUAAUGGCUGCCAGGUAGCAGUUAAGAUGCUAAAGGACACUAAGGGUGAUGGAGAGGAAUUUAUGAAUGAGGUGGGUAGCAUUAGCAGAACCUCUCAUGUCAAUGUUGUUACACUUUUAGGAUUUUGUUUGGAAGGAUCCAAAAGGGCUCUCAUUUACGAGUACAUGCCUAACGGUUCACUGGAAAGGUAUGCCUUCAGCAGCAGUAUGAAUAAUGAAAAUACACUAAGCUGGGAGAAAUUAUUUGACAUAGCUAUUGAUAUUGCUAGAGGACUUGAAUAUCUCCACCGAGGAUGCAAUACUCGCAUUGUGCAUUUUGAUAUCAAACCCCACAACAUUCUACUAGAUCAGGAUUUCUGUCCUAAGAUCUCUGAUUUUGGAUUGGCCAAGCUAUGCCUAAAUAAAGAGAGUGCAAUAUCCAUUGCCGGUGCAAGAGGAACAAUAGGCUAUAUUGCCCCUGAGGUCUAUUCAAAAAGAUUUGGAACGGUAAGUAGCAAAUCUGAUGUCUAUAGUUAUGGAAUGAUGGUACUUGAGAUGGUUGGGGCAAGGGACAAGAAUAUCAAUGCAGAUAGUGAAUCUAGUCGCCAGUAUUUCCCUCAGUGGAUCUAUGAACAUGUAGAUGAAUACUGCAUCAGUGCUUCUGAGAUUAAUGGUGAGACCACAGAGCUUGUGAGAAAGAUGAUAGUGGUUGGUCUGUGGUGCAUACAAGUGCUUCCAACUGAUCGGCCAACAAUGACUAGAGUCGUCGAGAUGCUAGAGUGCAGCACAAGUAAUCUGGAGUUGCCACCAAAGGUGCUCUUGAGUUGAUAAGGACCAUAUGUUCCUAAUAAAGUGUAGCUCACUGGCACCUGGCCGGUUGCACAAGUGCAAAUAUUUGCUGUACAUUGAAAAAUUACCGCUGCUCCGCUAUGUCCAUCGCUCCAUCCAUCACUCAUCAU